AUGUGGUUUCGGUUUGGCGGGAUUCACCAGGGAGCGACGCCGUCGCACGGUCGAUGCUGCACUGCAUGUUUGUUAACAACAAUUCGAUACACGAUGGACGAGACCGCCAUUCAGGAUGAAGGCGUGCUUCACGAUGUUCUGCAAGAGCUGGAUAAGGAGCGCACGAGACGUGCGGAACUGGAAGCGCAAAUACGCGAUCUACAAUUAGGGCUCGCCGACAAAAAGAGUGUAGAGGAGGACCACCAAGUCAUUUCUCGACGUGCGUUUGUGGCCAUGGAAACGCAGGUGGCGGGUUAUCAGGACAUUGUACAUGCCGUUACCAGCCACCGACCAGCCAUUGCCGCUGCUGCAGCUGCUAGUCCUGAUCAGUUUGGAAGCUCCAGCACAAUUCCCAGACGCGGACACAAGCCUCCCGUCACGCUGCCGCUGCACGUUGUCCGUCUGUUGGAGACCAUUCCUUGGGAUAUUCGAGCUCGGGAACACAUUUUUGGACGGGAAGAAGUUUACGAAUGGCAAGUUUACGAUGAUCGUGACAAACAGUGGCAGAGUCAAUUGAAAUAUUUUCCGGUCAUCUUCAAAUCACUACCAUUCACGAAACCAACACCGAGGAAGGCGGGAGAAGAUGAAAUUAACGCAGUUGACCACCACGACGAUCCCGCAAACAUUGCGGACCAUCCACAGGGUCACAAUUUGUUACUCUUCUUGGCUGGCGGUGGUCCCGACAAAAGCGCUUCAGGCUCUAGACAUGGCGUUUUGACGGAUGAACGCGUAUCGCGUUUCCUUAACAUUACGUCAGGUUAUCCGCUACCUCAAGAUGGUGGCGUCUGGGAGUGGAUUGGGGCAUGGAGGUUGGAAAAACGGAGUCCUUCGUCAUCUUUGCCACUAAAUUGUGACAAGGACGGAUGGUCGUACGGGAACGAUACCCAGGAUUUUCUAGUUAAAGACCGGAGAUCAACGAAUGCAAUCUCGGACACACCUGGUGACAAUAAUUAUCGGAAGCUUCGUCGGCGGAAAUGGUGUCGCCAGCGUAUACUAGUGGAUUAUUUGCAUGUAUCGGAGCAAACGCGACAGUACCUUAAACUGUUAGCCGAGAAUGCGCGAUUGCAAACCACGUCUAGCAAAAUCUGCAAUCAACUUGUGGAAACGAAAGUUGUUUUGACCGAAACUGAAGACAUGUUGAUGCAAACAAAAACAGAUCUUCAAAAAGAAGUUAACACGCUCAAGCAAAAAAUAACCGAGCAGGAUGAUACUUUGAAAUCACUUCAAGGCGGGAGCAACGAUGACACCUGGGACUCGCAAGUCAACGGUGUCGUGAAGAAUGACCAAGCCAACGAGCUUGGAUCCAAAUUAACGCAGUGGGUAACCUCAUCAGUGCGAAAAAAGCCGCUGAAACCAAAAAGUGACUUGAAAGAUGUAUCGCAUAAGGACACGCUUGAUGACACUAUCGGCCAGUCGGUUGGUUUAAACGAAAGCCCUCGCUCAUUUGACUGGAAGAAGCUAGGUCGCGGACCUUUUCGCAACAAAGUCAAAGAGCUCCAGGGCCGCAAGGUAUCCUUUGGUAACAGUCAAAACGCCGCGGGGGAGCUCGUCACUGGUGAGGACAAUGAAAGGGUGGCCGUUGUUUCACGGGAUCUUGACGGCAGUCGCGCAAGGUCGUUGACGAGCUAACGGUGAGGGUGCAAGUAUCCGCAAUGCCAUACAGUUGAGCAAAUAUGUUUGUUUCCAAGGCCGCCAGGUAUCUCUGGCUUGCGACGUCAGCUCUGUACAGCUCUGUGCUUCUGGAAGAG